UACAAAGCCAUGUAACUGAACCGGGACUAAUAUGAAUACUGCCCUGUGAUGUACUAGUGACGUCGUCUGGGCGCGCUUCCUCCCGCCGGACUACCGCGCCAUCCUCCAGCUGCACCAGGCGCCGGCGCGACGCCUCCCCCUCUCGCGCUCCGGCUCCAUGGCGGGGGCGGGGGCGGCGUCGGCGACCUCGAGCAAGAAGGAGGCCUUCCUCGGGCUGACCGAGGUGGCCGUGCUGGUGGACGGCGGCGGCAUGGCGGUGUGCCUGGCCAGGGGGAGCGGGGCCGAGUGCGUGGCGCUGUCGGCGAGGAGGCUCAGCCUGCCGUGGGAGGACGGCGAGUUCAGCUGGAGGUGGACGCCCCACCCGCUCUCCAGGUUCGCGGAUGUGGCCCAGCUGGUGGAUUGCACGUGCCUGGACAUCUACGCUCGGCUCCCCACCGCGGCGCUGACGCCAGCCACCGCCUACGCAGCGUACCUCGUCUUCGCCACCACGGACGCCCACCGCGGCCUGAGCUUCCCGGACCAGGAGACAACGGUUAGCGUGGGCGGCAGUGCCCCGUCCCGCCAUACCGUGUGCCUUCGCCCCGACGCCGCCGAGGCACACAGGUUCAGAGGCGGGAAAGGCACGGACGACGUUGACGUGAGGGGGUCAGCGCUGCGCGGUGACGGGUGGUGGGAGGUGGAUAUGGGGCAGCUGUGCACCGGUAACGAGGCAGUGGUGGGGGAGGAGGUGUCGGUGAGCUUUGAGAUGCUGGGUUGGUACCCCAAGCGCGGGCUCGUCGUGGAAGGCAUCGAGUUCAGGCCCCUAUGAUCAAAUCGAUAUCUGAGAUGGCCUCGAGUUAAUACGGAUGUGUACAUACCCGUUAAAAGGAAUAGGGAUGUGUAUAUUGUUUGUACUCUACGCUGAAUGUCGGUUCAUCUAGUCGAUGAGCUAGCACGCGGUUUGCGUGCAGUUUGUGAAUAGUGAUUUGAACAACUUUGUUUCGAGUUUCCAGUGUCUUAACUAGUGAUAUCAGAGGCUUAUUCUUCUUACUUUUCUGCAUUGCAUCAGAGACAUUUUUUAGAAACACAGCAUGGGCGCAUACGCUCAUAUACACGCACAAACACUUAGUCAUAUGAAUGCACGAAAACACACCCUAUC